CCGUAAAAGCUGAAGUGAAUGACGAAAUACCGUCAUUACUGUGAAUAUUGGUAGAAAAAUCGAACAACGAAACUGCAACGAGGAGAGUAAAAAUAAACGACAAACCGUUGGGGCCGAUCUAGUGCCUUCCCUCCCAAAUCGCCAUAUUGUUGGGGUAAAAAUAAAAAUAAUCAUCAUGGUAUUUAUAAAUGCGAUGAUGGCGUCCGACCGCUGAUUAUUCCCCCUUGCCCCAAAUGGCAAAUCAUUCAUAAUCUUCAGUGCAAAGUUAUUUCUAGAUGAGUUAAACCCUCCUAAACAAUUACAGUGAAAGCAAAAAACUGAUAUAACCUGUGAAUAAAUCAAUCAUUGGUAUCAAGUGAUACAUUGAGUAAUUCUGUGAUCGAUUUGGCCCAGUAAACUGCCACCGUCAUCGUAUCAAAACACGAGCAUCAGAAGGAGACAACGAAAGAGGAAGAUCUUGACACGUUUUUCACAUUAAAAAAAAAUAAAAAGAAAGAGACUUAAUUCGUGGCAAGCCUGCCGCUAAAAUCUAGUAAAAUUUAUUUUCAAAAUGGCAGCUACAAGGAGAUUGCAAAAGGAAUUGGGAGACCUCAGGGCUUCGUCCAUGAAGAAUUUUACAAAUAUUCAAGUAGAUGAGUCUAAUAUUCUCAAUUGGCAAGGACUCAUAUUACCAGACAAUCCACCGUACAAUAAGGGAGCAUUUCGUAUUGAGAUUAAUUUCCCAGCGGAGUAUCCCUUCAAACCACCGAGAAUAACCUUCAAGACUAAGAUAUAUCAUCCUAAUGUUGAUGAGAAGGGACAGGUAUGUUUACCCAUUAUCACUGCUGAGAAUUGGAAGCCAGCAACAAAAACUGAUCAAGUCAUUCAAGCAUUAAUUGCAUUAGUCAAUGAUCCCGAGCCUGAGCAUCCCCUUCGAGCAGACUUGGCUGAGGAAUUCCUCAAAGACAGAAAGAAAUACUUGAAAAAUGCCGAGGAAUUUACAAAAAAACAUGCUGAGAAAAGACGAGAGCCAUCCGCAUUGGACUAACCAUUUUAAUUAGCCGUUUACUCACCGCGGAUGCCUACAGUCAGAAUACUGAUUCAGAAGAAUCGUGAAAUCCAGAAGAAGUAAUUGGCUCAUUGAAAUAAAAAAAAACAGGCAGAGAUAUAUCCUUUUUCCCCCCACGUGUACAGUAUUUGGUUUAUCGUCGAUAAAAGAACUUAAAAUUAUUUAUAAUGCAAGGAAAAAUCAUUUUAAAAAAUAACUAAAGAUUAUGAUUGAUGUAUGAUAAACAAAACUGUAUAAAUACUACGAUUCGAAUAACGUCUAUGCAGUAGAAUAUUUCUAUAAUCAUUCGUAUUUGUCGUUGAUUAAAAUGAAUCUGUGAAAGAAGCAUUUUCAAUUGGCUCUGAUAUUAUUAUAGGAAAAUGUAUUAAUAUUAAUAACAGUUUUAUAAAAUAA